AUGGUGACCUCAGCAUUGUUGUUCUUCGCAGGCGACUCCAUAGCCCAGUUCGGCAUCGAGGGCCGCUCCCUCCCCUUCACGACGAAACGCGAUCCCGCCGCCAUCGAGGAACAGGCGGCCGUGGACGAGCUGCGACAGCAUGAGGGCGUCCGGGCCGGUCUGCAGAGCUCCGGCGGCGCGACGGCGGCAGCAGUGAUUGGAGAAGAUGGAGACGACACAAAGUGGGACCCUUACAGAGCUGCGAGACUGAUCUUCUACGGCGGCACAAUCUUUGCGCCGUUGGCUCACAACUGGCUGAAUCUGCUGCAGAGGGUGCAGCUGAGCACCAAGUUUAGAACCAUCGCGACCCGCGUCUUCCUCGACCAAGCCCUCUGGGGUCCCUUCGUCGUUGGUCUAUUCUGGUCCACGAAUGGGAUCCUCGAGGGCCGCUCCCCCGCCGACGUGUACGAGAAGGUGAAAUACGCCUUUUUGCCCGUGUACUCCAAGUCCGUCAUGGUGUUCGGACCCACGGCGAUUAUUUCCUUCACAUUCGUGCCCCUGCAGCACCGCUUGCUCGUGGGGCAGACGGUGGGAUUGGGGUGGAACACGUACAUCUCCUAUCUUAAUCAUGUCAACAACAAGAAACUCGCAGCCGCGUCGAGAGAAUUGGAGAGCGCGCAUCGCGAGGAGGAUGGGCGUGAGACGCACACUAGGACCGACGAGGCGGAGCGCGCCCUCAAAGUGGCGAGGGAGAGGAGGGAGAAACUCCUCAGUUCACAGGGUGGAGGCAGCACUGGGGUGGGAACACGUAUGGGACCUUAG